CUCAUAAUCAAGCAGCCAUUUUUGAAGUUGCCAAUUUCAAGAUGGCGGACUCAGACGUUGAAAUCAAUGUUGAUGACGUUUGUGGCACAGAACAUGGCGUAGAAGUUGAAACUAUCCUUCAAGGGCAGGCGCCAUUGGCUACCUCAGCUCACGAGCUGGAUUUCAUGGUGCAAGAAGAAGUGGAAACGACUACAGAGGGAGACACACUACCUGUAGAGCUGGAUCCCGUCGACAAUGUCAUCAUUGCUUUGCAAGAAAGCGACGAGCUUGGAGGCGGCGGACAUUUUGGAUUAAAAAAUGGCGACCUAGAAUUAGAUGAACCUUUCAGUGACUGCUUACAAGACUCUCCCAGCUCAAGUGCUUUGAUUCUUGGCAAGAGAAGGCGUGGACCUAACUGGAGAAGCUCCAAAGGCAAUGGCUCAAGUCCUGGGAGGAAAGGAAAACAAAAGAAAAGCAAGAAAGGUACUUUUCGUUUUAGUGAUCGUCAAAUACCUACUGGAUUUUCUGGAGGGGUAACUAAAGAGCCUCGGGAGGUGAAUGAAGUGAACUUUGAUCCUGAAAAGAUCCCCCGGAAAUGGCGAAGGAAAAAAAUGCCAAUCCGAACAGUAGACGGGGGAAGCUUUGCCGUGAGCAUGUGGUGUCCUGAUGAGAAGAAGAAACUGUCGGGCAAAUCUGACGAUUUCUUUGAGUACACGCGCGGGAAGAAGAUACCUCCUGAGGGCAUUCCUGGCUAUGACUUUUCUGACCCUGAAUCCAUCGUUGAGUUCACCAGGAAGACUAAGUUACAGAGACGUAGGGACGCCGACGGUGUUGAGAGGACCAUCCCCUGUCCCCACAAAGGCUGUAGUAAGAUGUUCAGAGACAAUGCUGCCAUGAGGAAGCAUCUCCACACCCACGGACCUCGAGUGCACGUGUGUGCAGAGUGUGGGAAGGCAUUUGUUGAGAGCUCCAAGUUGAAGAGACAUCAGUUAGUUCACACUGGGGAAAAGCCCUUCAUGUGCACUUUUGAGGGUUGUGGGAAACGUUUCUCGUUGGACUUUAACCUUCGUACCCAUAUUCGUAUUCACACUGGAGACCGACCCUACGUGUGUCCUUUUGAUAACUGCAACAAGCGGUUUGCUCAGUCCACUAACCUCAAGUCUCACAUGCUCUCUCACGCCAAGCAAGUCCGGGGAACACCUGGUAAGGAUGAUGGUUCCCCUCCUGGCAUGCCCUCCUCUCCUGUCCCUCUGUCCCUGGCAGUCUCCCCCGUCAAGUCUCUCCUCUCCUCUGCCAGAACAGGCACCUCUGCUAAUGACAUCGCCUCUAGAGGUGGUGUGAUUGCGCUCCCUAUUCUCUCCACCCUCACGCCCACCAGCUCAUCUGUGACCUCUGACCUUGUAGAGGUCACAGAGGUCAGCUCUGGACUCAGUAACGACAUCCCAUCAUUUAGUGACAUCACUACAACGUACAGCAUCAUAUCUGACCCGACCACACCCCUCACAAGUCUCACAUCGUCCACAGCCCUCGAGAGUGUGUUCAAUGAGCCAGUGAGGAGUAUGGUGACUAGUGCUGUCAUGACAACCAGUGACAUCACUGUGGACUCUGUACUCCAGAGCUAAGACAAUGACUGCAUAGCUACUUUUUAAUUUGAGGUGUUUUUUUGUAAUCAUUCCUCGUAAUGUUGCAUGCAUGCAUAUCUGAAUUGGCAAUCACUUGGCUAUAAUUAUUGAUGUUAUAACUGG